CUCUCCCGCCCUCUCCCACGUGGUGCAGGAGAAGGGUGGGGAUUCCGCGGUGCAUCACUUCCGUUCCUCUCGUGGUGUGGAGGAGCCGCGCGCGGACUAGGACAAUGCCUAAGUCAAAGGAACUUGUGUCUUCAAGCUCAUCUGCCAGUGAUUCAGAUAGUGAAGUUGACAAAAAGGCAAAGCGGAAAAAGCAAGCAGCUCCAGAAAAGCCUGUAAAGAAACAAAAGACGGGUGAAAGUUCAAAAGGUGCAGCUUCUUCUAAGCAAAGCAGUAACAGAGAUGAGAAUAUGUUUCAGAUUGGCAAAAUGAGGUAUGUCAGUGUUCGUGACUUUAAAGGGAAAGUCUUAAUUGAUAUUAGAGAAUAUUGGAUGGAUCAAGAAGGUGAAAUGAAGCCUGGCAGAAAAGGUAUUUCUUUAAAUCCAGAACAGUGGAACCAGCUGAAGGAACAGAUUUCUGAUAUUGAUGAUGCAGUAAGAAAACUGUAAAGACAGAGCCAUACAGAAACUUUUAUUUUAGGUGUUUAAAGCGGUCUUUUUACAUUGGCUUUUGUUUUCUAAAAUAUUGUUUUCCAAGCUAUUGUAUAUUUGGAUUGCAAAACGAUUUGUAAGAUGAAUACUUUUUUUAUGUGCAUUAAAAGUGUAUUCUGAGUGAGGCUAUUUGUGUAUACUUUACUAAAAGGAAGUGUGUUGCUUUCACCUCAUGAUGUAAAAUAAACAAAUCAAAUAAUAUGUAAAGCAUACUUGUUUAUGGCCUUUUGAUUGAAGGUGUUUGCUGAUAAGGCCACCUAAUAGCUUUAGUCUUUGUUUUAGUUUCAGCUUAAUUAACAGUUAAUAUGAAUUUGUUUUCUGAGGCAAUUUCUUAAAAUGUCUCCAUUUAAUUUUUUCUUUUAUUUCAUACUUUUUGGUAUUGCCCUGGCAGCUUUCUGCUUUAAGACUUGGUACAAACAGUGAAUACUUGGUAAAACACAUUUUUUGUAGAUAACUUUAAAUACUGUAUUUGCAAAUUUACCCUAUUUAUUCGGAUGUAAACAGUCCUGAGUAUAUAGACUUUUUUCCAUUACUUGCAUGAAGCAUUAUUAUAAACAGUAACACUUGAACACAAGCCACAUGCUAUUUCUUCCCAUUUUUCUCUAGCUUGCUUGACUUAGAAAAUACAAUUAGCCUUUUUUCUUGGACCCUAGAUUUUAGAAUGUGAUGCAUAAACUUUCACAGUAAUAGACAUAUACCUCAGAUUAAGAUAGUACUUAAAAGCUCCAAAUGUGGUUAUUAGUUAGGUACCCUUUUCAAGCUUUGCAUUAAAUCCAUUCUUGAACACUAACACAUACUAACUAGUUAUUCUAUAGAAAAGAACAGUUAACCUGUCUUUGUAGGGCUUUUGUUCGUUUGAGAAUAUUGCGUAAACAACGAUGCUUAAACUAGGCUGUGACACAGGUUAAACAGUCAAACAGGGUUCAAAUGGCUUCAGCCAAAAUGCCUGGCUAUCAUGCAUCUGCCCUGUACACACUGCUUGCCCAAACCACUUAACUUGGCUUGCUUUGUGUGGCUUACAUGUGCACAGCUGUUUUAUUUGUACAGAAGAUACUUAGCGCUUGCAGUGGAGCGCUGGUACAUAGUGGAUCAUGACUCGAGCGAACUUUGCUUGUCAUCAAUUGUACUAUUCUGGUAAGAGAAGCUUCUGUCCAGUGGAAGCUCUAUUAGACUAGAUGCUGCCCCAGUUGAAGGGCUUCUUGGUAGGUGUCACAAACAAUGGAUUGAAGAAGGGAGAGUAAGAUGUUUGAGUAGAACUUGGAGAGAUAAGGGGCACACCAGUACCUAAGUUAACAGUGAAAGAUCAAAGUUAGCUGACAUAUAAUAACUACAAUGAAGAAAUGCACAUUAGUGGAAUUGGAGAAGAGUUCAUUUUCUGACUUCUUUCAUCUUCUUCCUUCAAUUAACUGAAUUAACUUGAUGAAAAUUGACAUUUCAAGGCUAUGUAGUGAAUGUACAACCUAAUUCGGCUGUAAUUUUCCCAUUUGAUGUUAAUGUAGUUUUUAAAUUGUGUGGAUAAACAGGAUAUACCAUUUGUUUAAUUUUGGAAUAUCUUAAUAGAAUUGUUUAUAUUGCACACAGGCAUGGAAGUGCCACACACAGACUGUUCCUGUGCUGCGGAGUUUAUAAUUCAAUACAAAUAGGUAUUGAAGGGCGAGGAAGGGUGACUUCAUCAAAUUAAAUAUAUAUUACUUAAUUUAAUUAUUAUAUCAGAUACAUCCACCUGCUUUUUAACUUACCCAUUGUUGACAUAUUACAAAUAAAGUUAAACUCUGCUUUUGUGUAGCUCAGGAAAUUUUUAAGAACUGCUUGAGGGUGAGUAAAAGGGUGAAGAGAUGUUUUGUGGUAGCAGAUGUAUUUUGGGGUACAGCAUUUUUUUUGAGUGACUCUUAAAGGCUUGUAGGGGUAUUUGGACCAAAUAGAAUAAAUAUGAAGUAGGUGUUUUUUAUUUGUGGUAUGUAUAUAUGAUAUUUUCCCUUUAAAUCUGAAAUUUUGCAACCAGAUUUCACCCAUUUUACCUCAAAACUUCCAUGUGGCUACUUUAAAGUGCAUGAUACAUUAGAGGGAACAUUGUCCUCACUUCGAUUACUGUGGUAGUAAGUCAUUGGCAGUUGUGUAUCAGAGUACAAUAUAAUUUUUUUCAGGAAGGUGGAGAAUUAAUUUCGUUCAAUUGGGGGGAGUAAGUGAAAAAUUUUUAAUAUAGUGAUUAGUUCUCUUGUGGAAACUGAUGAUAGAGGUAUUCAAAGAAAUUAGUAUUUAUUAACCAAGAACUAUUAGUUCCUGUUAUAGAUAACCCCCUUGCUGAAUUUGUGGUGAUAAUUACUGGACCUGUUUAUGCCAUUUUACUUGAUAAAACUUCGGGCAGUUUGAUUUUACUUAGCUUCUGUUUUUAAAAAUAGUUUUCCAUCUGCCAGUUAUGUUUCUGCGUGUAAUAAUGAUAAAACACCAUGUAUUUUACCCGAGCCAGUCUUAACAUCUGCAUGAAUGUCCUACAAAAAAGGUAACUAAAUAAACCAGUCAGUUUCACAGAUGAACUCCAAAUGGGAUGAGUUAAAUUGUGAGGGAAUUCAUUGCACCUCAGAUAACUGAUGUGCUUGUUACUUGAUAAAAAUUUGACACAUUCAGUGUUAUUUUGAAAUAAAUAGUUGGUAGUGGUUUAUCAUGUAAUUAUCUACAGCUGCAGUCUUUCCAAUUUGAGAAGAAAAUUCAGAUUGUUUUUUUAAUAAAGAUUAUUUUCUUGCAGACAAAAUGUUAGUUAGGGUACAUAUAGAAGAGUCCAUGGAAGAAAACUGCAUGUAUGAAAAGGCUGUGUAAUAUGACGUAAAAACACUGCUCCCUUUCCCACUGAAGUGGCAAAAGAAAGAUGCAUUUGUUUCUUGAUGUUUAUGCAGGGCAUAUUAGCAAUAUGUUUUAUAAGUUAAACCUACUGUGGAGCUUAGGAGGCAAAAUACUUCACAGUUAGAGCUGCCAAAGUACCAUAUGUGUGAUGAAUCAAGCUGUCAUGUACAAUGUUGCUCUUAUGUAGAGGUGUUCAUAUUGAAAUUAAACACAGUACUAAGUUUGAUAUUUCUGUUAAAGGAAAUGCCCCAGUUACUUCUUAUGUGAUCUGUUAGCAAAAAAAAAAAAGAUGAUUGUAAUUCUGGUAACUCAAAUGUCAUAUUGUUAACCAUGUGGAAUGUUACAUGUUAUGCUCUGGUGGGAUCUACUGCAGAGAGGCCACUGAAAAGAUGAGCCCUCCAACUGUAAUUACCUUAAUGUUCAAAUAAAAAAAUAGUUAAAUGGCAUAUGUGUAAUAACAAUUUGAACACUUAGAAAUAAAUGAAGACUUCUGUUGA